AAGUCGGGUCUGGAUUCAAACCUAGAAAUAGGAAAAGGGAAAUUCCUUCUUGAAGGGCAAGCAAAACCAGAACCAGAGAGAGCGAGAGAGAGAGAGAGAGAUCGGCGAAAUGGAUCCAAAACUCACCGAGGUGUCGCAGCUGUUCGAGCGCUUCAAAGCUGCUUUUUUACGAAAGGAUUUCGAUGCAUGUGUCAUGUUUCUCUCUCAGCUCAAGGUUAUGCUGACUGAAUUCAGAAGCCUUCCUCCAUUGUUUGAAGAAACACCAAAUGCAGUACACGAACUAACAUUAGCAAGGGACAUAUACGAGCAUGCUGUUGUUCUGAGUUUGAAGACUGAGGACCAAGAUGCUUUUGAGAGAGAUUUCUUUCAGUUGAAACCCUAUUACACAGAUGCCCGGAACCGACUUCCACCAUCUCCUCAAGAGCACCCAAUCUUAGGUCUCAACCUGUUGAGACUCCUUGUGCAGAACAGAAUUGCUGAGUUUCAUACUGAAUUGGAGUUGCUGUCAUCUUCAGCUUUGGAGAACCCAUGCAUUAAACAUGCUGUAGAGUUGGAGCAGUCCUUCAUGGAGGGGGCUUAUAAUCGCGUGUUGAGUGCUCGGCAGACAGUGCCCCAUGAAACUUAUGUCUAUUUCAUGGAUCUUCUGGCAAAGACAGUCAGAGAUGAAAUAGCUGGAUGCAGUGAGAAGGCAUAUGAUUAUCUUUCGAUCAAAGAUGCCUGUCAAAUGUUGUUGUACACUUCUGACCAAGAACUCCUAAAGUAUAUCGAUGAGGAGCACCCCGAGUGGGACGUCAAGGAUGGGUUGGUGAUUUUCCAGAAGGCAAAAGAAUCUGCACCCUGCAAGGAGAUACCUUCCCUGCAGCUCAUCAACCAAACUCUCAGUUAUGCAAGAGAGUUGGAGCGGAUUGUGUAAAAGCAAACCAUGCUGCACAUUUGAUGUCGUUUAGACCGAAUACUCUUCAUCUUUAAAUUGUUUCCUUGAUGCCCCACACAAGCUUAAAAGAUUUGUUAAACUGUCGUAAUUUCAAUUUGGCCGCCAUGGUGGGGCUUUUGGAUUCAUUAUUGUUAAGCGAUCCAUGCACUUUAAUUCCGUAAAAAUGGUUGCUGAGUUCUGAAAUGGCCUUUAAAGAACACUCUCAA